GUAGCACAUUGCUGGAUUAGCAUACUAUAUGUGCUGACUAGGCAGUAAAAGAUUAAGAACUCGCGAUAGAGUUUAUUAUUUGGUUCUGCAUUUUACUUCUUCUGUGGAGAGUUUUCUUUGUGUAGCAUAUCACCUACUUUUUGUAAGCUGGUUUGCUUUUCAUAAGGCACUUUUAUACUUUGUGCUUAUUCCUGUCGAUUUUUUGCUUUAACUUACAAAGAACAGGAUGAUCUUUGACAAGGUGAAAAAAUUCCUCAUCGUUCUUGACUCCCCUGAACUGGACACCCCUCCAGUCUAUAGCAGUGGGGAUAUUGUCUCUGGGAAGGUGCUUUUAGAGUUGGUGACUGAGACCAAGGUGGAAUCUGUGAAGUUACAUGCAGGGGGACAUGCUAAGGUGCAGUGGACUGAGUCUCGCAGCGCAGGCUCCAGCACAGCAUACACACAAAAUUACAGUGAUGAAGUGGAGUACAUCAAUUUAAGGGAGACCUUGCUACAGACAGACAAUGGUGCACUUACAGUUUUACCAGCUGGGAGACACGAAUUUCCUUUCACCUUCCAAUUGCCUGAGGCUCUGGUGACAUCUUUUGAAGGGAAGCAUGGAAGUGUCCGUUAUUGGGUCAAAGCAAAGUUGCAUCGCCCAUGGUCGACUGUGAAGAAAACAAAGAAGGAAUUUACUGUGAUAGAACCCAUAGAUAUCAACACUCCAGAUCUGUUGGCUCCACAGGCAGGGCCAAGGGAAAAAAUUGCCCAUGCUUGGUAUUGCAACCUGGGGCAAGUUAACGUCACUGUCAAAAUAGACAGGAAAGGAUAUACACCAGGUGAAGUGAUUCCCAUCUUUGCUGAAAUUGAUAACUGCACCACUCGGACAAUCAUACCUAAGGCAGCCAUUAUACAAUCUCAAACCUUUAUUGCACGUGGCACAGUGAAACAGAAAAAGACUGUUGUAGCAACGCUGGUUGGCGACUCAGUGCUAGCAGGGAAGCGGGAAUCAUGGCAUGGACGAGCUCUCAAAAUACCUCCACUUGGACCCUCCAUCUUGCAAUGCCGGAUUAUACGAGUGGAAUAUUCUUUGAAGGUUUGUGUAGAAAUUCCUGGCUCAUCAAAAUUAUUGCUGGAGCUACCAUUAGUCAUUGGUACUAUUCCACUACACCCAUUUGGGAGCAGAUCUUCUAGCAUUGGAAGCGAAUACAGUGUGAACUUUGAUUGGCUUCAUAUGACUGUUCCAGAACAACCAGAACCUCCUCCUGAAUACUCUGCAGUUGUAUCUGAUGAUGCAGUUGAGAUGAACAUGACUCCUCCACGUCAUGCCAGCAUGGGCUGUAUCCUGGAAGGACCAUUCUAUGCCUAUAUCCAGGAGUUCAGAAACAGACCUCCUCCAUUGUACUCAGAGGUUGAUCCAAAUCCUUCUACUCAAGACAUCAGACCACGUUGCAUGACCUGUUGAAGAAUAGAGAAUUAUUAAAACGAAUUAAUCUACAAUGUCUCAGAAGGAUCUUGCAAACUUGCAUAGACUCAACAUGCCCUGCCCCUUAGGAACUAGGGGGGUAAUCUGAAGAGCUAAGCUCAUAAAACAGAAGUGGGAGAUGUGAGCAGGACACCUGUCUAGAGAGUACUCGCAAGUCAACAUGGAACAGAUUUGCUUGCAACCCAGACAGAUUGCAGUCUGCCUCUCCUAAUCUGGCUAACUGCAAGUUACUCAGAGGCCGUCCACAGGAGAAAGGGACUGCUGAGAUAUCAGCUAUUCACACUUUCAUGGCCAGGCCCUGGUUGUAUAGAUGUGAUGUUUAGAUUUUAUGUAUCAUACUCUUGUCUUUUGUGAAACAAAACGGAUAUAUAGAGGUAUGAGCAAGAGAUAGGAAGAUUGUGGGUGAGGAAAAAUUGAUGUACAAAAACAAACCAUAAAGUGAAGGUUAUGGUAGUUAUUGUUUAACAAUGUCUGCAGAAUGAGGCUUAACUUAGUUCACAAAUAUGGGGGGGUGCAAACAAACACGAAUGAGGCAGAAUCUACUAAGGGCUGUGCCUUUUUAGAUGACAUGAAUUACCCAGUGUAGCGUAAAGAAUGUUAUAAAUUUCUUCUUGAAUACUGGAUUAAAACCUUAAUCAUACAUUUAGUUUUCUUGUAUAGAAGACCUCCUUUUUGAUACUGUGGAAUAUAGCCAUAUAUAAACCUCAAGCCUUAUAUUUACAUAACUUUUUUUGUUUUGUGUCAAGAAAACCUUAAUAGACUUUGCCUAGUAUGUCCUCUUGGCACUUUAAAGAUGGACAUACCACUGCACAAGACUGUAAAUAGGAAUGGAUAUGUUUUACAUUUCAAGCACACUGAUACUGUAUGACAUUGUUUCUUUCAGUAUUACUGGGAACGGAAGUUUUUUUGGUGCUAAUGUGCCUUUUGAAUUUAAUGAAUGAACAGGGAAAAAAAUCAGGGUAUUUUGUACUCUUAAAAAGGGUUACAAUUUCUUGUUCAGGCCUAAUAAUAUGGUCCACGUCUAACUGCCAUCUGCUACAAACUAUUGCACUUCAUUAUGGCAUUUUGGAGCUUACAUUUGUUAUGGUUUGAUAAAUAAAGAAGUCUUCUGUCCCUGUGUUUUUUCUAAUUGUGCUUUAAAAAACAUUUUUGUAGGUUGCUGGAUAUCUUUUUAUAGAUAAUUUUUGCAAUGUUACAAAAUAAGCAUUACAUAUGUGAUGCUUUUAAUAUUUCACUUGUUUAUGAUGUAGAGAAAUGUAUUCUCCUAAAUAAUGUCUGUUUAUUUUUGUUAAGUUCUAAUGAAUUUUUUUUGCUACAAAUAAAAAUCUAUGUUUCAUUAUA